AUGGAUAACUGGCCUGCUGAGAUAUGGAUGGAGGUGUGUAAGUUGCUUACACCGGAAGAUUUAUAUCGACUUCGUUUGUGUUCAAGUAAGCUGAAUCGCAUAGUAUGCGACUGUACGGAUAUCUGGUGUAAUUUAUGUAAUAAAAAAUGGCUUACGAUUGAAUCUUCCGAUCCUAUUGUGCACUCUGAAUGCCGCUCUAAUGUUGUAAGCCCCAGUAGUGAUUGGUUUUACUACUACAGAUAUAGAAGUAACAUUGAUGCCAAACUUGAAAAAAAAUUACAAAAAUUGGUUGAGGUGGAAGAAAUGGAGGAAUUUUGGGAGACGUUUUGGAGUUUCUUUCGUUACAAGCGGUUUUUGAUUCCAUUCCUCCAGCGACAUACCGAAAAGGGUUACGUACGGUCUGCGAAAUUCAAAAGUCACUGUAUUAGUAAAAAAUUGCUUACUGCGGUUCGCCAUGGGAUAGUUUUCCGUUGUAUUGAUGGCUUGAAGGAUAGUAGUGGGGAUAGUUACGGUAUGUCCAUAGUGGAAGAGACGCUUUACUUUCCGCUUUCUGCCAUGGAUCCCUGUUUUGACAAACUCUUGGUUUUCAGGACUACAUUUUUUGACCGUGUCCAUUUCCUACUGAAACGUGCUUAUCCUAAUAUUGACAAGUUCUGUAAGCUCCCGGACACGAUUAGGGCGGAUAAAUUGGUGACCUAUAUUUGGCAGGUUUUUCAGGAGCGUGCUUACUAUGUUCCUAACUCGCAGAGGUGUCAUUUAGAGGACAUUAUGUUAUUGAGGAUCUACAGUGGCGAAGCUAGGGGACACCCAAUGCUUCUAAUGGCAAUAAUCCAGGCCGUGGUUUCUCGAUAUGGCGUUGAAACCCGACUAUGUGAACAGGUUUUGAUUAUUAUUGAUAAGAAGCUACGGGGUGGACAGUCAUAUCUAAUGAUCUCACUGAGGAACGAUGGCAGGCCACGUAUUUUUACUAGGAACAGAUUGAUGGAGACAAUGGGAAGGACAGUUGCCAAUUUUGAUGCAUCUAGCGCUGCACUCCAUAAAUUUUUAACCCCCUUGACGUUCAAAAUGGGCGUGGAAAAGUUCUUUAAGGAUUUAUCUACCUAUUGUGAUAGGUCAGUCUGGAAAACUUUUGCAGACCACUCCCCAGAAAGCAUUUUGAAGUAUUUACCAAAUUCAUGUGCGCCGAUGGAUGAAGCCGUUUUUGAGUAUUUUGUGAUAUAUUGGAAGGUGAUCUCUGCAAGUCUGGCCACAAACGCGAUAUUCCAUACUGUUUUAAGUAAACAGUUUCAAUCUUUGAUUGUAAAGCAGCAUCCUGGCGAUGCUAUUCAUUUUCCUGAUCGAAGAGAGGCUCUUAUGCAUUCGAUAACUAAGAUGUCUUUCCGUGAAUCCAUUUCUGAGCAUGUCAGCAUGCAACACAUACACAGGGUUCCUGAAAUGGGCCAUAUUGUACGCCAAAAAAAUACAGGCAUACUAAGUGUUGUAAUUGGCGGCAAGAAAACCGAUAAAGACACAUAUUUGGUGAUAGUUGACAUUGUAGGCAAAUACAAUGUUGUUCAUGGGGAUGAUGUUGAGAUAUAUGAGGACUUUUCGUGGGAUAUUAUGUUAAAAUUGAUGAGCGCAAGCGAUUUAGGGGUUUAUUUUGAAGGAUGGGACAAAAAAUCCAACUGUCUUCUUCUGAGUAAGCAGUUGCAGGAUAUUAUAACUGCGGGGUGA